AUGACAGACGUGGAGCUGAUGAAGAGGAUGUUACGGGCGGUGCUGGCGGCCAAUAAGAGCGGGCCCGGGGUGUCUUUGUCUCGCCUCCAGUCUGAAUACAAGGCUCUGACUGGUGAACAGAUCCCUCAUAAACAGAUGGGUCAUGCCAGUCUGGAUACCCUGCUGCACAGCAUUCCCAGCGUGGUUCGCAUGGAGCGCAACCGCACUGGGGAGAUGGUGUGUUUCGCCUCAGUCUCCAGCGAGACGGCCCACGUUGCCAAACUGGUGGCUCGACAGUGUACCUCCAAGAAGACUGGACGACCCCAAAUGGUCAACUGUCAGAUGAGGGUCAAACCGGCCGCCCCUCUCAUCCUCAAUGCCAAGCCCAGAACCUCCCUGAGACAGCCUGACCACAGGGGUGUGGGGCGAGGAGGAGGUGGGGGCGGCCGGGGAUUGGGAGGCCAGCAUGGAGACUUCAGACAGGGGAGGGACAUGAGGAACACCCAAUCAGAGGGAAAGAGCAAUCAGAGCUCCAACCAGAACAAACCAAUCAAUCAGAACACCCCUGCUACCAGGAAGUCCUAUGUGCACUCUGAGAGGUCAGACAAAAGGAUGACCCUGCCGUCACUGUUCCAGAAGGAAGUGUACACUCAUUUCUCCAGGAACACCCAGAGCAACCCUUCUACAAACUUCAAAGAAAAUGCUGUCUCUGGGAAGCCCAAGCCACAUCACCACCCCAAGGACUACAACCCCUCACCCGGGGGGAACUACAACCCCCAGAAGGUGCAAGGGCAUAUCAGAGAGGUGCUGAACAAGUACAGUAAUGGUUUCUGGGUGUCCAAGCUGCCUCAGCUCUACAGAGAACUGUACAAACAGGACCUGCCUAGUGAAGCAAUCAAAGACUUGGAGCACUGGACACACAUCUGCACCGUAGAGAAACCAUGCAGCAGCAACCCCAAUGAGUUACUCCUCUACCCGGCUAAGGAACCAACACAGACCCCAUCCCCUGUCCCUACCAGAGUCCAAUACCCCACCUCCACCGCCUUCACCCCAACCAUGGACAUCAAGCCCCAGUCAAAGCCCCCUACCACCCCCUCUACCACUACCAUGAGCCCCCUCCCACUAACCACCCCCUCUUCCUCCCCUAGUCCUCCAGCCUCCCCCUCCACCCUCUCUCCCGACCUCAGACAAAAACUGGGAGAGCUUCUAGUCAAAUACAGCAAUGGUCUAUGGGCCCACGCCUUACCCAAACUCUACUUGGACACGUACAAAACCAAACUCCCCGAACACAUCCUGGAGAAUCUCUCGCUGCUCUCCGACUUCUGCACCAUCGAAUACCCCAUGCCGGACAACCCCAAACGGGCCAUUCUGUACAAGAGGACCAGGGAGGAGGAGAACCGCAACAGGAUGGAGUCAGUGGAGGAGUGCAGGGCCAGAGAGGAGGUGGGGAGGAGGCUCAGUACCCAGACUGUACCUCCUCUUCUCAUCCCCCGAGAGGAGUACCCCUCUGUGUUGGUGGGGGAGGCUGCUAAUACCAACGGAGUCAUACUCCGGUACAUAGGAGAGGGUUACUCCCAAGCCCAGGAGGCUCUGGAGGACAAGAUGAGAGAAUUCUACUGUUGCCAGGACAACAACACCCGUACUGGUGACAAGAAAAGUGGUACACCCCUGGCCUCCCUAACCUCAGGUCAGCUGGCUGCCGUCAGGACGGAGGAGGAUGAGGAGGUACUACGAGCACAAGUCACAGAGGUCAUGGCUGACAAGGUCAAGGUUUACUAUGUGGAUCACGGGUUUUCAGAAGUCAUCAGCAAGGCCAAAGUGUUUGAGCUGCAUGAGAAGUUUUUCAACCUGCCUUUCCAGGCCACCAAGUGUCAAUUGGCUGGUCUGGAGCCUUUCUACCAGGAGCCUGCUGUCCUGAAGAAGUUUGAGUCCAUGGCCAGCGGCAAGAUCCUGUUGGCUGAGAUCCUAGAGAGAGGGCAGACCCCAUUGGUGGUCCUGUACGACACGUCGCAGGAUGUUGAUGUCAACAUCAACGCUGCAUGUAUCAAAGCCCUGCAGGACAAGACUCUGGCCAGCCCCCUACAGGUGAACAGUGCCUAUAUGAACGUGGCUGUGAGAAGUGUGUGUUCAGACGGGACCAUCUACUGCCAGCUCCCGUCUCGAGGUCUGGCCAAACUCACUGAGAUCCUGGAGAAGGCUGAGGCAUACUUCCACUCACAGGUGACGUCAGAGUUCCUGGUGUCCAGACCGUUCUGUGGGAAAAGCUGUCUGGCACGCUACAAAGGCAAAUGGUCUCGCGUGGAGAUCACUAACCUACAUGGUAGUCGUGUGUUGGACAUCCUCUUCACAGACCUGGGGGUGCAGGCCUCAGUGGAGGUGAUUGAGCUGAGGGAAGUCCCACCUCCUUUCCUACGGGACUUGAUUGCCAUCCCACCACAGGUGGUGAAGUGUUGUCUGGCUGACCUGACUGUGAGGGGUGUGGGCUCCUGGACUCCAGACGCUGUUCAGUGGUUCCGAGACGCCGUGCUCAACUCCACAGACUGCAGAGUGAAGAUCGCCAAGCUGGAUGAGACCAAGCGCAGUGUAGCCCAUGUCUACCUGUUCCCCGACAAGAACUUCCAGGACCCCGCGAGGAGUCUCAACCGCCAAAUGGCUGCCUCGGAUCUCUUCAAACACAGAGGGGACCACUGCCCUUCCAAGACCUCCACCUGUACCUCCACUGCCACCCUUACCUCUACCCCCAAGACCUCCACAACCACCAUCACACCCAGCUCCAACGGUACCAAGCCCCAGCUGAGAUGUGCCCGCUCGGAACCAAGGCCGACGGGGGGUACAAGCACCCCACCGGGGACUCCCCCACCUCCCUCAUCCACCACACCUAUCAAGCUACCCUUGCUGCUGGAACUACCACCUGCAGGUCAGUACCAUACAUGUUCUAUAUGUAAUUAUAUGGUCCAAACUCUCCCUAAAUCUGUCUCUGCUGCAGGUCAUAACAUGGAUAUCUAUGUGUCGGUGGCGUGUCAUCCGGGCCACUUCGUAGUGCAACCUUGGAGAGAUAUGUACAAGCUGGUGGUUCUGAUGGAAGAGAUGAUCCUGUACUAUAAUAAAACAGAGGAGAAGCCUCUCAAAGGGGAGAAGAACCAGAUAUAUGCUGCCAAAGUAGAGAACAAUUGGCACCGUGUGCUGGUGAAGGGGGUGUUGACCAAUGGUCUGAUGUCGGUCUAUGAACUGGACUAUGGUAAACAUGAGCUGGUCAGCGGCACACAGCUCCGCCCCCUCAUACAGGAGUUCCGACAGCUACCAUUCCAGGGCAUCACCGCACAACUCGCAGGAGUGAAACCGAGGCAGUGGUCGGAGGAGGCUUCCAUCUUGUUCCGGAACCAUGUGGAGAAGAAGCCGCUGGUGGCUCAGCUGGAGGCCGUACAGGAAGCGCAUCACCCCUGGGACAGGAAGUUGACCGUCUUCCUGGUUGACACCUCGCAGGAGGAGAGGGACAUCUGGGUUCACGACAUCAUGGUCGAGUUCGAACUCACCAAAGAAGUGUAGUUAGAUCAACCCUGUGCACAACAGUGCAUCUAGAGUGCUGGUUAUGGCAGGAACAACUAGGUAGGUCUAUUCAAAACAAAUGUUUAAAAAAAUAUAUAUUUAUAUACUAAAGUAUAAACAUUUGUUUUGGAUACCUAAGUGUAGUUGGAUGCUGGACAUUUCUACGGAUGUUGCUAUGAGAAACCAGAACGCCUGUUGCCGUUACAAUGGGAGACAGUUGGAAGGAGAGGAGACUUGUGACUUGGACUUGUUGUGCUUGAGAGUGGGGGGACACAGUGAAACACACUCUCGCUCACAGUAUGGGAUGGCAUUCUGAUCAAAAGCUCAAUAAUAUCACCAUCGUGCCGACUUCCCUGGAAGCUUUGCCCCACAGAGGAGUUGUCAUAAUCUGUUGAAUGUCUAGCCGUGAUAUGGGAUGGGUUUCCUGACGCCUUCGCUCAUAUGGUACUUUUGUUUUCUUGACUCAAGCCCCUCCGUAGAACAGCAAAGUCCUACAUUUGACAAAUUUCGCGCCUUGACUGGAUUGUGGAGAGAUAAUGUAGCUACGAAGGCUUUGGGAAACACAUUAGUGUUCCUCUAAUUAGAAACAAAUUAUGGAAAUAAAUAUGUAUGUGAUACAUAAGCUGCAUUAACAAUCAACGCAAAAAACGUAUUUACAGUGCAUUCGAAAAGUAUUCAGACCCCUUGACCUUUUCCACAUUUUGUUACG